GCGAGCCAGAGCCUCCCAGUCCCAGGCUCCCAGCCACAGCCAGGCAGCCACCCACGUCUUCCCCCCAAUCCAAGUAGGAAAUCCAACAACACAGUGCUCGGUGCGUCGCCCUCUUCGCAGAUUCGGCUGAAUCGAGUUGCGAUUGCUUGCUCGUGGACUGCAGUUCAAGGUUCACAUCUGGGCAAAAAUAUUUUUUAUAUGUUUACCGAGCUACCUGAUCUAGUUGUCUCCAAGAGGAUUCCCCUGUUCACUCCAGUUCAUCUCUUAAGUUGAGUUUAUAUUUGCUCCUUUCCGUGGCACACUGCUGACACAAUUCAGCUCGAGUACAAUAGUGCAAAGUAUCCAUGUCUGGCAAUCAAGGGCAACCCGAUGUGCAAUGCCUAGUUUGCACUAGACCUUUUACUCUGGAUACUGAGGUGACCGACAGCUUUGAAGCUUUGGCCAUAUGCAGGGAAUGCAAGAUGACUGUGCUUAGUGAUAACAAUAGAGAUGACACUACCAGCACAUAUCGAGAAAGAAGAAGAAGAAGGCCAAGAUCCAGGGCCACAAGGCAUGGACCUGUUGAGGACACUUUCUCGCAGCAGUUCUCCCAAUUGAUCAACUUAGCAAGACAAGGCCAUGAAGCAGAUAUUGAUUCUCCCAUAGUUGUGCGCCAGCAGGCAUCCUAUACCUCUACCCCAAACCGAUCCCAAAGAUGGCAUACUUCAGAUGAUGAGAGUGACAGUCUCAAUUACGUCGACUCCGUAUUCGGUGAGAUUGAAUCAAAUAUCAGUUUUGGUGACUAUGGUGGGGAUUCGGAUGCUUCUCUAGAUAACCACACCGCAGUGGGCAGAGACAUUGCCAUGCUGCUUGACAAUGGGAGCUACAUGAACACAGAUACAGAUUUUGAUCCCAUGAAUGCUGGAAUAGACCAGUGGGAUUCCGAUGAUCCAGAAGAUGAUGAAGAUGAGCAGUCGGAAGAGUCUGAUUUGAAUGAAGCAGCUGACACCAUGCACCUGGGCCGCUGGCAUGAUAUUGCCCCUAUUGGAUUGACCGAGCAGGAUUCUGAAGACACCAUAUGGACUUGGAGAUUAGGUGGAAGUCAAGGAGUAAACAAUGCUAAUUCGAGGGAAGAAUCAGAAGGGCCACAGAUCAGAAGACAUUUUGUUGGGAAUCCUGGUGACUAUGCUGACGCGAGACAGUUUCAAAUGCUCCUUGAGCAAUUUUCUGAGGACAACAAUCCCAGAAGAGGAGCUCCACCUACAGCCACAUCCUUUAUUGAAAAUCUUGCAUCUACUAUUCUCUCCACAAUCCACGACACAAGUGGUAGUGUGAUAUGUGCAGUAUGCAAAGACCCUAUGCCUAUUGGAACAAGAGCAAAACAGCUGCCAUGCAUGCAUCUAUAUCAUUCAUCAUGCAUCUUGCCCUGGCUUAGCUCUAGGAAUACUUGCCCAGUUUGCCGAUAUGAGCUUCCUACAGAUGACCCAGAAUAUGAAAGGGCUAAGCGAGCUGCAAGAAAUGAAAGGGACAUGCAUGGUAUGGGUCACACCCGGCAGCAAGAAAUCGUUGAAGAAACUUCUGAUGAAGUAGUAGCUGAAGGAGCACAUCAUACAGUUAAUGGUACAGAAGUAGAGGACAGUACAGAUGAACAUGCCGUCCAUGCUGCACAACAGCCAGAUAGAGGACGCGGGCGCACUAGAUGGCUGUUUAUUUCAGCCGCUCCAGUUGUAAGUUUUGUUACUUUAGCUCUAGUUUUGUGCUUUGCAAACCCUUCUAGCAGUGGUAGAAGGCAGCUGUGGAGGAGAUCCCAGAGUGCCGCUAUGUCACAUACAGACACAAAAAAAAGUUGGUGGUCAAUGUUCUAGAAAACAGUACAUGCACGCUCGUAUCAAAUUUAGUGUGUCAGGCAUGUGAUUGUUGCCUGUAAAAUGGUUUAUUUAUUUAUUUAUUUUAACUUAGCAGAUUCAUCGAACUGCUCUUUACUUGUAAUUGAGUUGAAAAACCCCCAUAGUUUGCCGAGUUUAGAACAGUGUGAUUGUGCUUGCUAUUGUUCAACUGCUACAUGUUAUUUUAUGUCCUAUGCUUCGUUCUGCUCUAACUAUGCUUAAUAUUAUGCUCUAAACAAUCUACUGUAUGAAUAAUCAGCUCAUCCACAUAUUUGUAUUCUGUUAGAAAAGAUACCAAUUCCCAGUACUGAGGACGUGAGGUAAUUCCUCAUCUAUUAUUUGAAGCUCAUGUAUAGGCUCUCUGUUCCUCUGGAAGUAUAGCACUUGCCUAGAUAGCCUAGUCUCCUGCGACAUGCCUGUUCAGUUAUAUAUAGCCUGUGGGCCGUGGCGUCUGUGUGUUUUCAUGAGGUAUGUGAUGGCCAUAUAAGCCUAGUGUUUGUAUCUUAAUUAUGCAUUUAGCUUUGCAAUUAGACUUGCCUUGGCUUCCAAGUUGAAGGGCCUCGGCUACUUUUUGCUUUAUGCACUUUAGUGGGUGAGCUGGUGCCUAUAUAGCACAGCAUCCCCUCCUUUCUUGUAACUGAAUUCUACUUCUUGCAAUUCUAAUUCAAUCAAGUGGCCAAGGUCAAGCUGAUCUCUGGCCUUUACCAAGUGAUUGUGAGUUAUCUGGGCAACAGUAUGAUAUCGUAGAUGGAUUGGUAACGUAGAGAUAGGCAACUCACUCUCCCUUGGAGGCUCUGAGCUGUUAAGAUCUCAUCUAUUGGUUACCCAAAACAUUUCCUGCCGAGCUCCUUAAGUAGCCGGCUCUAACAAACUCAAACAACCUCCUAACAAUACUGAAUGUUUAUCCUCCUAAACAAAACUCUGUAAAUGCCUGACAAAAAGGAAACUAAUCUAGCCACUAGAUGCCAUUGGUUGGGACUUCUUCUUGAGCCGAGUGCGCCUAUAUGUGAUGCCCACAAAAGCAUCCGCAACAAGGUAAAACGGGAGGGGAAACAUUUACAAGCAGAGAGCCUGAAAUCAAGGUGAUAGUGUGCUACAAGUCUACCUAUGUAUAGUUGCAAUAUUCUAGGUGGUAUUCCUCCCGCACUUAGGAACUGAAAGUGAUAUAUAUGGUGAGAAAAGUCAACAGGACUGGGAGAGGACAAACUAUCAUUCAUCAUAUAUUCAAACAAGUAUAGAGUAAACAGGAAGUGAGCACUUAGUAUUUAAGGUAGAGCACUAUAAAAGUACUGAUUGCCUUGCAUAUUUGACAUAACACCCGCAUCUGCUCCUCCCUUGCUUUCUGCCUCUCAUGGAGAGACUACUUGAGCUGAUUCUAGUUCUUCUGAUCAUACUCAUUGGCUUUGCUCUAGUUUACUUAUAUGACAUCCUGUGGUUAAGGCCAGAGAAGAUAAGGAAGAAGUUGAGGAGGCAAGGGAUAAAAGGUCCCCAGCCUACUUUGCUCUAUGGCAACACUCAAGAGAUGAAGAGAAUCCGACAGGAGAUGAAGAGCCUUCAGAGGCAAGACUCCAACAGCUACAUCUCCACCGUCUUCCCUCAUUUUCUUCAGUGGAGGAAGACUUAUGGGCCUGUAUUCCUUUACUCAACAGGAGCUAUGGAGAUAUUGCAUGUUGCUCAGCCAGAAAUGGUGAAAGACAUGGGCCACUGGACUCCAUCAGAGCUCGUGAAGCCACAAUAUCUGAUGAAAUCACGCAAACCUCUCUUUGGAGAAGGUAUAUUGUCAGCUAGCGGUGACCUUUGGGCCUAUGAGAGGAAGAUCCUUGCACCAGAGUUCUACUUGGAAAAAAUCAAGGGUAUGAUAGGGCUAAUUGAGGAUGCAACAGUUCCAGUGUUACAAGCAUGGGAGAAUAUACUUGAUAGCACUGGAGGUAGCAAGGAGAUAUAUGUCGAUCGAUACCUGAGGAACUUCUCAGCCGAUGUGAUUGCCAGAGCUUGUUUUGGGAGCAGCUUUGCAAAAGGAAAAGACAUAUUUUGCAAGAUCAGGCAGCUCCAGAAGGCAAUUUCUCAACUGGAUACAUUUGUAGGACUAUCUGCAUUGUGGAAAUACCUGCCUACCAAAAUCAACCAGGAGAUACGGAGGCUAGAACAAGAAAUCCAGUUACUGAUCCUGGAAGUGUCAAAGGAACAGAGGGACAGGAGCAGCAGCAAGGACGGCACACCCAUGUCCACGUAUAACAGCCUUCUGCAUUCCAUUAUCAAUGGUGCAGACGAGAGCCCCAGAUAUUCCAUAGCUGCUGAAGAUUUCAUCGUUGACAAUUGCAAGAACAUCUACUUUGCUGGGCAUGAAACUGCAGCAAUCACUGCCACUUGGUGCCUGAUGCUACUUGCUGCAAACCCGGACUGGCAGGAUCGUGCCCGGGCUGAGGUUCUAGAAGUGUGCUGUGGACGAACGAUACUGGAUAUAGAUGUACUUCGUCAGUUGAAAAUGCUUACGAUGGUGAUUCAAGAGACUCUCCGGUUGUACCCUCCGGCGUCACUGAUCAUGCGUGAAGCCCUGAUGGACAUCCGACUUGGUGGAGUCGACGUCCCUCGUGGCACCAUUAUCCAGGUGACAAUUCCAAAGCUGCACCUGGACAUGGAAGCCUGGGGCCCAGAUGCUGGCGAAUUUCGUCCAGAACGAUUCGCGAACGGAGCUGUGGCGGCCUGUAAGCCAGCCCACAUGUACAUGCCGUUCGGAUAUGGACCAAGACUGUGUACUGGACAAAACCUGGCAAUGGCAGAGCUGAAGGUGAUUCUUGCACGCCUGCUGAGCAAGUUCUCAUUCUCAAUGUCACCUGGGUACCAACACAUGCCGGCAUUUCGGUUGACCAUUGAGCCUGAGUUCGGCAUGCCCCUGGUGGUGACAAAGCUGUCAUGAUCUCUGUUUUCAUGAUAACAACACUUCCAUGUGCUUCAUCUACGUGGAUCGACUUAUGUAAUAUGGGCUCCUAUUUAUUCAAGGAGGCUUAUCUCUUUGGUACCUUGGGGCUCAUCAAGUGGUACUGCAAUGGAAGUGACUGCAAGUCUGCAACACCCCACCAUUACCACCAAAUACAUCAUACAUGCGAAGACCGAAUUUGAUAUGUGUGGUUAUGCCUUGUGCUGCCACAGUUUGUUUUAACUUUAAUGUGUUCUUGUGAUGCACUCAGUCAAAUAUUUUCCUAUAUUUUUCUGACGUUGGCAGAACAUGUAAUGUCAUUUGAUACUUUCUAUUUCUCAACUUUGCGCCACUUAUAGGUUCAAGAUGUGUGCUGUAACCAUAGUUAACUCCCAACUUCAAAUUUUAAAGUUCAGCCA